AUGUUCCGCAAUAACAACUAUGGCGGCAAUUACAUGCCAUUACUCAGUGGUGCUCGCGCUUAUGUUAAAGUAGAUGCAGUUGACACUGGUUCAUUCCCUGGUUUAGAAGGAAAAUCAGAUCUUGUCAUGCGUGUUGGUCCUCGUCAUUGCUUUAUGGGAUACGGCUUUGAUUUCAAGAAAGGAGAGCAUCCAAACCAUACAUGGGAAUUCAAGUAUCAGGAUGCCCACAGAUCUUCACUCGUUAUUUGUCUUUUCAAGAAGAGAAUCUUCGGUGGUGAUGAAGAAAUAGGUGAGAUCGAACUCAAAUUAUCAGCAUUCGAACCUGAUACAAUCGUUACAAAAGAAUAUACCCUCAAACCCCCAGAUCCAAAGAACAUUCCAGCAAGAGUCAGAAUUUCAAUCCAUUUAAGUGAAGAUGGAAGUAUGGCUUUCUCAGCACCAGCUGGUGGAAAGCUAUUGUGCAAUCCAGAGAUUCCUCAUGCUACAACUUACUUCAAAUAA